CAUAACACUACUGAUCUAUAUUCUAUAAUUGGACCCCUUGGUAAAUACUAGUAAUCGCGGAUACUGAGAGUUUGAGAGCAUGACUUCUUCCAUGGCUUUUCAAUUAGGAGCUUCUUCCUCCUCCUCAUCUCCUUCCAUCUCUCUAUGGAAUUAUGAUGAAUUCUUGAGCUUUAGAGGUGAAGAUGUUCGCUAUAAUUUUAUUUCUCAUCUAAAUCAUGCUUUGCGUCAAAGUGGAAUCAAGACUUAUAUAGACAACAAUCUUGAAAGAGGAGAGGAAAUUUCACCGGCACUUUUCAAAGCUAUUGAAGAGUCACAGAUUUCGAUCAUUGUAUUAUCUAAAAACUAUGCAGAAUCUAGAUGGUACUUAGACGAGCUAUUGAAGAUUCUUGAUUGCAAGGAAAGAAUGCAACAAAUUCUUCUACCAAUUUUUUACCAUGUGGAUCCAUCAGAAGUACGGCAUCAAAAAGGGAUUUUUGGGGAAUCCUUUAAUAAACUUGGAGAUAAGCUCAAGGAUAAUGCAAAGAUGCUGAUAUGGAAGAAAGCUUUGAAAACAGUAGCCGAUUUGUCUGGUUUACCAUUAGCGAACUUCCGGGAUGAUGAGUCCGAAUUUAUCCAAAAAAUCAUUAUGUGGGUGAACCAAAAAAUAGUAAAGCGAAUGCCUUUAAGAGUUGCCAAGCAUCCAAUUGGGAUAGAAUCUCGUAUACGAGACAUUCAUCAGCAUUUAAGUAUCGAAAGGAAUGAUAUUAUACGCGUGUUAGGGAUAUUCGGAACCGGUGGAAUUGGUAAGACAACUAUUGCAAACGAUAUUUAUAAUCAGAUUUCUUCUCAAUUUGAAGGAAGUUGUUUCUUGAGAAAUAUUAGAGAAACUUCAAAACAAGUAGGAGGUCUGAUUCAGCCACAAAAUACACUUCUUUCGGAGAUCUUAGGAACAAAAUUGGAUAUUAAUGACGUCGAUAGAGGAGUCAGUGUAAUUUGGCAUAGACUUCAAUCUAAAAGGAUUCUACUAAUUCUUGAUGAUGUGGAUGAAAUGGUCCAACUAGAAAAGUUAGCUGGAGAUCGUGCUUGGUUUGGUUCAGGAAGUAGAGUCAUCAUAACAACAAGAGAUCAACAUAUACUAGAUAAAUCUAAAGUUGAUUCAAAAUACGAGGUGAUGACUUUGGAAGACAAUGAAGCUCUUCAACUAUUUAGCUUGUAUGCUUUCGAUGAAAAAGAACCACUAAAGGAUUAUAUCGAACUAUCCAAACAAGUAACAAAACAUGCUCAAGGUCUUCCACUAGCUUUAAUAGUGCUAGGUUCGGAUCUAAAAGGUCGAAAUAUAGAUCAAUGGAAAAGUGCAUUGGAUAAGUAUAGAAAAAAUCCCCAUCGAAAAAUCCAGAGUGUACUUCAAAUAAGUUAUGAUAGUUUGGAAGUUAGUGAGAAAGACAUGUUCCUUGAUAUUGCAUUUUUCUUCAAAGAAGAACCUUUGGCUAAGAUCAUGGAAAUAUUUGAUAGUUACGGUUUUUAUCCGGCUCAUGGUAUCCAAAGGCUCAUGGAAAAGUGUCUUAUUACAGUUGGUUGGUCUGGUGAUGAAUAUGUUUGGAUGCAUGACUUGCUACAAGAUAUGGGUCGAGAAAUUGAACGAGAAAAAUCAUCCAAAGAUCCUAGCAAACGCAACAGAUUGUGCUUUCACGAGGAUGUUCGUGAAGUGUUGGAAGACGAUACGGUAAGAGUCACAAAGAAAUUCUUGGAUUUUACAUUUACUUCCUUUCUCUAAAGAGAAAUGUACUGGAAAAUAUUGACUUAUGAAUUAAGACCUGUCCUAGUGGAAAAAAUCCUUUAAAUUAUUAG